ACUUCAGUCCAUCGGCAGCUCAAGUUACAAGAUGUGGCUCGGAUUUCUGGUGUGGAGUGUUGUGCUCCUUAUGGAGGUUCAAGCUGCACCUUCGGUCAGUGCAGAGAAUGCCGAUCAUAUUAUAACCAAUGGAUAUCCGGCAACAUUGGGACAAGCGCCCUACAUUGUGGGCCUCUUGCUGCGGGCGGGAGCGGCGGGAAGUUGGUGUGGUGGUUCCAUAAUUCACAACAAAUGGGUGUUGACUGCGGCACACUGCACCGAUGAUAUUGACUCGGUGACCAUCUUUUAUGGCGCCACCAGACGUUCACAGCCAUUGUUCACUGUGAAUGUGACCGUUAAUAAUAUCAUCCAGCAUCCGGAAUGGCCGAAUAGCAUAGGCAACGAUAUUGCCCUGAUUCGCACACCUCAUGUGGGCUUCUGGUCCCUGGUUAAUAAGGUGACACUGCCACGCCUCAAGGAACGCAACAAGACCUUCGAGAAGUCAUUGGCCACCACUUGUGGCUGGGGCAGCACCUCCGAUGGCAGCGCCCUGCCCGACUGGCUGCAGUGCGUCGAUCUGAGAGUCAUCAGCAACCAGAUGUGCUCCCUCAGCUAUGGUGCCUUGCCAGAGAGUGUAUUGUGUGUGGAUACACCCCAGGGCAGAUCGAUAUGUGAUGGUGACUCUGGUGGUCCUCUGAUCGCCCAUAAGAAACUCAUUGGCAUUACGUCCUUCAGCGAUGCGAGUAGUUGUCUUUCUGUCGCUCCAGCCGGUUUCACUCGGGUCACUGCCCACUUGGACUGGAUCAAAAAGGUCUCCGGCGUUUCAUACUAGUGCUCUACAUCGAUAUGUACUUCUUCAAAUAUACUACCAUAAAAGUAUACGAAA